UUCUGUAGUUACACUACUUAUCAGUACGUCGAGGCGGACGGAUCUAUUUCAGGCCAAAUUUACCUGACUGUUAAAGUAAUAUUUUCGUAACAUCUUAAUCAAACUAAACCUACAAAAGUACUAAAACAUAUCGCGAUGGAAAUUAAAAAGAAAAAGAAUAAUGAUAAGCACAAACAAGAUCAGAUAAGCAAUUCAUACUUCCAGAUUUUUCGAUACGCAAAAUGGUAUGAAAUCUUGGCUACAACCUUUGGCUUCAUUGCGGGUAUGGCGAGUGGAGGAGGUGUUUGUUACAAUUUGAUACAAUUUGGGGAGCUCAGCACGGCCUUCGUGCAACGAACGUCACAACAAGAUCAACUCUCAAGUCACUUACCUCUGCUCAGUUUGUUUGGAGGUGGUCGUCGAUUGUUCAACGCAUCAUAUGAGGAGAAUAUGAAUGCACUCGUUGAAGAUGGGACUGCCCUUGCCAUUGGAAUGAUUAUAAGUAUGUCGGUCUCCAUAGUAUUGUGCGUGGUGUCAAUCGCUCUUAUAAAUUGGAGUGCUCUGAGACAGAUAACAAGGAUACGGUUCAUAUUCCUUGAAGCCGUAAUGAGGCAAGAUAUGACUUGGUAUGAUACAGAAAGUGAAUUCAACCUCGCCUCUACAAUGUCAGAAAACAUGAUGAAAAUUAAGGAUGGUAUUGGAGAAAAGUUGGGAGUUGUAGCUAACCUUCUUGGAACAGGAAUAAUGUGUUUAGCGCAAGCAUUUCCUUUGGGUUGGGAAUUAGCUCUGGCGUGUGUCACCGUUAUACCAUUUUCAAUCACUUCAUCUUACUUGCUUUCUAAUUACCAGUCACGAUCCUCAGCGAGAGAAAUGGCAUCAUAUAGUCAAGCUGGAAAACAGGCUGAAGAGGUACUUAAAUCUGUUAGAACGAUUGUUGCGUUUGGAGGAGAAAAUAAGGAAAUUGAAAGAUAUCGACGACUCUUAGAGCCUGCCGAAAAAUGUGGUCAUAAAAGAGGCUUGUAUACGGGACUUGGUAACGGUUUUAAUUGGGUCAUGACAUAUUCUUUGAACGCAAUUGGUUUGAGCUACGGGACGCGUUUGAUUAUCAUGGAUAUGGACAAAUCAACUGACGAACGACGAUAUGUCGUCGGUGUAGUGUUCAGUAUAAUGUUCAGCAUGUACAUGGCAACACAGUCUAUCACGUUCUGUGUGCCGCAUGCCGAAGUGUUCGCAGCCGCACGUGGUGCAGCUGCAAGUAUUUUCAAACUUCUGGCGAGAAAACCCGAAAUUGAUAGUUUAUCUGAAGGUGGGAUUAAACCAAAAAGAAUUGUUGGUGACAUUGCCUUAGAAGAUGUUCAGUUUAGUUAUCCAUCGCGACCCAACGUGAAAAUACUUCAAGGACUCUCGUUGCACAUUAAGGCGGGUGAAUGUAUUGCUCUUGUUGGAUCGUCUGGUUGCGGGAAAUCGACUAUACUUCAACUACUACAGAGGAUGUAUGACCCAUUAGUUGGGGUGGUACGAAUCGAUGGCAAGAAUGUAAGGAACCUCAAUUUAAGUUGGCUGAGAUCUUCUCUGGGUGUCGUAGGUCAAGAACCAGUUUUAUUCAGAGGUACAAUCUACGAGAACAUAGCAAUAGGCACACCCGAAGCCACGCAAGAGGAAGUACAGAGAGUCGCUGAAAUGGCAUAUGCUCACGACUUCAUAACACAUCUUCCAAAUGGGUAUGAUACAUUGAUUGGAGAGCGAGGCGCAUCUUUGUCUGGAGGUCAAAAACAACGUAUAGCAAUUGCUAGGUCUUUAUUAAGAGAGCCAGCAAUUCUCCUUCUGGAUGAAGCUACGUCAGCCCUAGACCCACACUCAGAAAAACAGGUCCAAGCUGCACUGGACAGAGCUAGCGUAGGACGCACCACUUUGAUGGUGUCACACAGGUUAUCUACUAUAAUAAAUGCUGAUCGUAUCAUUUGUAUGGAUCAAGGAGCCAUUGUUGAACAAGGCACACAUGAAGAGUUAAUGGGAGCCAAAGGGUUCUAUUACAAGCUGGUAACUACAGGUAAUGAAAACAAGGAACCAGAUGUUAUAGAGACUUUACUUGAAGAAGAUAACGUUGAAGCUGAUGGAGGUGAAGCAGCUCUUGCACCACGAAUGGACACUAAAAGAAAAUCGAACAGAAGAGUUGUAAGGCAUCACUCUGUCAAGAGAGAUUCACAUGAUUGGAUGACACCCCGUGGAUCAAUAUCUUCAAUCAUAUCUACUGGACUGCAAAACUUUAAUUACAACGCCGAUUUGGAAUCGGAGGAAGAUAAUAAUGAUGAUGAGGAAAUUAAACCAGUCAGUGACUGGCAACUUUUGAAGUUAAAUGCUCCAGAAUGGGUUCAAAUGGUGCUUGGAUCGGUAGCAGCUUUUGCUCAAGGCUCGUGCUUUCCUGUGUUUGCAUUACUCUUUGGAUACUCUGCAGGGAUUUAUGUGCUACCAAAUCGCGAUGACAUGACACAUUUGGCUGAUACAUUUUCUGGACUAUUCCUGGUUAUCGCUGCAGUAGCGGGGGCGGCUAUGUGUAUCCAAAGUACUUCUUUUACAACCGCUGGUUUGAAAAUGACAACGAGAUUGAGACAUCAAUACUUUGGCGCUCUAUUGAAACAAGAAAUUGGUUUCUUCGAUAAAGAGAGUAAUACGGUGGGAGCUCUAUGCGCUCGCUUGAGUGGAGAUGCCGCCGAAGUUCAAGGAGCUACUGGACUGAGAAUAGGACUUAUCAUCCAGGGUACUACUUCUGUUGUAGUUGGUUUCCUAAUGGCCGUUAGCUUUAAUUGGAAACUUACUUUAGUUGGCACCGCUUUCCUUCCAUUGAUGGUGGGUAGUAUUUGGUUAGAAGGCAUUGUAUCGCAAAAGUCGCAAUCAGAUGAACGCGAUGCUAUGGAAGCAGCAACCGCUAUUGCUACCGAAGCCGUCGUUAGUAUCAAAACUGUUCAAAGCUUAGGUAUUGAAAAAGUCUUCUUGACCAGAUUUGAAAAGUCUCUUGAAGAAUCAUGCGCAGCUUUUUCCAAGAAGACAAAAUGGCGAGGUCUAGUAUUGGGCUUGGGAGUGUAUGUUCCGUUCCUGUCGUUCUGUUCUGCUACAGUCUACGGCACGGUACUUGUUGCCCGCGAAGGCCUUGAGUACAGAAUCGUUAUGCUGGUCAACGAGGCGCUCAUGUAUGGUGCAUAUAUGUUAGGCCAAUCUCUUGUAUAUGCACCUAGUUUUAAGUCUGCUAAGGCUUGCGGUGCCAGAAUAUUAGCCAUCAUCAAUAGGGAGCCAAAAAUUCAAACGGAAACUAAGUUGAAGGAUAGAAAGGAUUGGGUUGCUACAGGUGCGUUUGGCAUAAAAGAAGUCGAGUUCUGCUACCCAACUAGGCCACAUCAAAGGAUUCUCAAAGGAAUCGAUCUUAAAAUUGAGGCUGGCAAAACAGUGGCCCUCGUUGGUUCGUCAGGCUGUGGCAAGUCAACUAUAUUGCAACUUCUGCAGAGAUUUUAUGAUCCUGAAACUGGAAACAUUGAAUUAGAUGGACGGGAUAUUAGAUCAGCCUUAACACUUCCUAGACUCCGUCGCCAACUUGGAGUAGUUCAACAGGAGCCAGUGUUAUUUGAUCGAACUAUUGCAGAAAAUAUUGCAUACGGAGACAACAACAGAAAAGUGACCACGCACGAGAUUAUAUCGGCUGCGAAAGCUGCAAACAUACAUAACUUUAUUGUGUCGUUGCCAAAGGGUUAUGACACAAACCUCGGCUCUAACGGAGCCCAACUCUCCGGAGGGCAGAAGCAACGUGUUUGUAUUGCAAGGGCUCUGAUUAGGUCGCCUCGACUCCUGCUCCUCGAUGAAGCGACAUCAGCUUUAGAUGCUAACAGUGAAAGGGUUGUUUCGGAGGCUUUAGAGAAAGCCGCAAAGGGGAGGACGUGCAUCACCAUCGCGCAUCGACUUUCAACUAUAAAGGAUGCGAACUUGAUUUGCGUUGUAGACAAAGGUAAAAUAGUCGAACGUGGAACUCAUUCAGAAUUAGUAAAUAUGAAAGGCUUUUACUGGCGCAUGUGUAAAGGGCAGCAAAUGGCGUAAAACUUAAUCUGCCAACUUCUUUUUGUUUAUAAGCCGUGCUUAGUUAAGUUAACGUGUUAAAGUGAUAAUAGUAAGUUUAACAUAUAUUUCUUAUAUUGAAAUAAAACUAUAUUUAAAUUCA